GGUUCUGUUAAGCUGGUUCAAGUCAGACAUUCACCCCUCUCUAGACUCCAUGUUGCAACUCUACGUUGCUCAAGGCGUCAACUGUAUUUUAUUGAUUAGAAAUAUCAACAUCACAAUCGUGUUCCCUGUUCAGUUCUGGUCCCUCAUUUUAGGCUUGAGUGUUACGGGAACUUUACAAACUCGGGUAUAUCAUGGACCACAUAGAAUCAAAAGCCGAAUGUUACGUCGCAGUUAGCCG